UAUCCUGACAAAUCGCCAUUAUAGUCUUUGUAACAUUUUAUAAUUUCACUAUAUUUUUCUCGGUUUUGUUUUCUUUAUGUUUGUUUCUCGUUUAACCCCUUUCUAGACGACAUUAUCAAACUCGGAACCAAAUAUUCUAGCAAAAUCCCACGAACAUUACAAAAGUCGGACCGAUUUCCUUUACCCACAACCCUCUCCUUCAAUUCAGUCCUUCCGACUUCCGCCUCAACUACGAGCCGAGGUGAGAUUUUUUAUGUGGGAUUACAAUCCUACAAUCUAACAUCAUCCUGCGGUAUAAAAGCUUUAAUAUAACACGUCCACACUCUUAAUAUGCACAUUAGUGUUCUAUUGUGUUGUUUUUAAUGAUUUUUGUGUGGAUGGAUGAGGUUUUAGUGUUUUUUUGAAGCGGUGAACUGGAGCGUUGUCGCUGGCCGGAGUGGCUUCACAUUAGCCGGCGGUUCACAGCUAGUUUUCCGAAAGCAGGAGAAUCGACACUUUUAGAGUAAUUAAGUGUAUAAUGUGAAACGCUACGUUGAGUUGAAGCUUCUGUUUAAAAGUAGAUGAAUGUUAUCUUGCCUUAAGAACAUGUUUUGUCGUUUAAUAUGGAAAAUAACACUCGGGGGAUACAUGAAUGUUUUACUGAACGGUGUGCUGAGUCAAACAGUGUCGUUGUUUGACUCCAGUACUGUCAUAAAUGUUUUGCUGUUUCUUUAACUCACUAAUAUUUUUUUAUUCUAGAUGGCCCCAACUAAGAAAGGAGAGAAAAAGAAGGGGCGUUCAGCCAUUAACGAGGUUGUGACCAGAGAGUACACCAUCAAUGUCCACAAGCGCAUCCACGGAGUGUGAGUACUCAAGGAUUCUCAGUCAGUAUUUAUACUUUAAAUGUGUGCAUUACUAAUGUUACUGCUGCACGUUGACAUAAAUUAAGCUAGAUUUUUCAGUACCAUCAUCACCAGCUCAAACACUUUGUUUGCACAUACACCUUACAACAUUUGUGUACAUUUAAAGGGGUUUUGUGUCUUAUUAGUCCCUGCUGUUUCUUACUACUGGAUUACGAUGAGUCUUGUUCUCCGAUAGAAAUUUAUACCACCAUAUGUUUUGUGUUGUUUGGACGGUGACUUAGUUUCUGUGUCUCCCUGCAGGGGCUUCAAGAAGAGGGCUCCACGCGCCAUCAAGGAGAUCCGCAAGUUCGCCGUGAAGGAGAUGGGAACUCCAGAUGUCCGCAUUGACACACGCCUGAACAAGGCUGUGUGGAGCAAGGGUGUCAGGUGAGCCUACCUGAGCUAUGCACGUUCAGAUUGAUGUUUCAAAGAUUAUGAUUUUAUGAGUAUAAAUGCUCUCUUUUGCUGUUCUACGAAUUGGCAUUGGUUAUCUUGUGUUUCUGUAGGUAUUAAGCAACAUGAUUUUAUUUUGGUCAUGUCAUGGAUCAGUCUUUUACCCAUAGUGCAAGAUGUGCAGCACUUGUCCCACUUACUAUAUACCACCAGCUUGAAUGUACCUUUUGUGAUGGGGCUUAUGAAUGGAUGUGACACACAGCUUAAUCAAGAACUCCCCUUUCAACUGUCAAAGCGUUAAACGAAGUAAAUGUAGAUUUGGGAAAAAAGUUUGAGCUCUCAGCAUACUAGCAGAUGUGGGAAAUUGCAGUAACUGUGUUUAAGUUGAUGUUUUUGACUAUUUGGAGAUGCGUUAUUUUCCCAACAGCAUCAUUUUUCAUGACACACAAAUGUGGAGAGCUGAGGUCUGCUGUCAGUUCAGACGUGAAAGUGUUGAUGUAGAAACGGAAUACUCAGAGUGCUGCACAAAUGUGAAGGAAUGCUUGAGAAAUAGCUUUUAGAAAAAUCUUCGACUUUUAGGGCUUUUUGAAUGAAUCUCAACUUUUAGAUUGUGUUCUAACUUUUUGUGAGGCAAGGAGAUGAAAAUAUGAAAAGGUACUACAUUCCCAGUUUACAAUUUUGUUUUUUUGUUUAGCUGUCAAAAACAUGUAUUCUUUUUCUCACCCUGAAAAGCAAAGGUUUUAUACCGCACUUUAGCCAGAAAUGAGUCUGUUUUUAACCUCUACACUGAGACUUCUGAUGAAGGUUUUGCAUUCACAGAAAUGGGAUUUUUGUGAUUAUUCCUGUCCGUAAUGUUUGUACUGAUAUCAAAUGCUUCAAACAGAUGCUAACAGCCGUGGUGUUUUUGUUUUUGCGCAGGAACGUGCCGUACAGGAUACGCGUUCGUCUGUCCAGGAAGCGUAACGAGGACGAGGACUCCCCCAACAAACUGUACACCCUGGUCACAUACGUUCCUGUCACCACAUGCAAAGGUAAACUCACAGCUAACUGGGUUUAUCAUCUAAAGUGAUAAAGAAUUAUUUACUAAUAUCUCUUUUUUCUUUCCUCACAGGUCUGCAGACAGUCAAUGUUGAUGAAAACUAAAUGUGUUCCUCUGCGAGUGAAAUAAACAAAAGAAAAGGACUUUGUCUGUUGUCUUUAAUUGUUUGUGCUCUCCACUGAAAGCAGUGUGCUUGAUCUAUUCUUUUAAAAUUUGUAUCAC